CAUAUUCUUACUCAUAGUACAGAGCGACCAUUUCAGUGCAAUACUUGUAACAAAGCCUUCAAAAACAAACCAACGUUAACUUCUCACCAGCUUAUAACUCAUAGCAGCCAAAUAUUUCAAUGUGAUAUUUGCAGCAAAUGUUUCACAUUGAAAGGCACCUUGAAAAGUCAUGUUGCAACAGUUCAUAAUGGUGAACGUAAUGAAAUAUGUCAUAUUUGUGGAAAAAGUUUC